AUGCAGAUCCAUACAACAACGGAUGUGAUGAUGUGUAGGGGAUUUUCUAUCACCCUUACAGGAUCCGCUCGGAGUUGGUACCGUCAGCUCAAACCCAAUUCCAUUAGUUCCUUCGCAGAUUUAAGUCGACUAUUCCUUACCCAAUUCAUUAGUGGCAAGAGAAGUCAAAAACCUAACACUCACCUACUCACCAUCAAGCAAGGGCCAAAAGAGUCUUUGAAGGACUACAUUGCUCGCUUCAACAAGGAAGUGUUGCAGGUGGAAGACUACGAUGACAAAAUGGCGCUUGCAGUAGUGUUCAGUGGUCUGAGAGAAGGAAGGUUCACUUUCUCUAUUGGGAAGAACCCGCCGAAGACGUUAGCAGACUUCGUGGCAAGAGCUCAUAAGUACACUAAUGCAGAGGAGUUUACUAACGCUUGCAAGAGUGUGCAAGUAACUGACGCAGCUAACAAAGGGAAGAGGCCUAGGAAUGAAGAAUCCCAGCCGACCGGCAAAGGGGCAGAUGACCGCGCCCCUCACGAUUGCCAACCGAACCGGAGACCGGAAGGGAAAUUUUGUUCCUACACCCCCCUCAAUUCAUCUGCCGAACAAAUCCUGUUAGAUAUCCGGGGAGAGAAACUUCUAAAUUGGCCUAUUUAUAUGAAGGCUAACCUAGAGCAUCGAGACAAGAGGAAGUUCUGUCGUUUUCACCGGGACCACGGCCACAAUACAGAUGAUUGUGUGGAUCUCAAGGAUGAAAUCGAGUCCCUUAUUCGCAAAGGACAUUUGCGUCGAUAUACUAAAAAAGAGAGAUCCACUCGGAAGGAAGAACGGGACCAAGAACGACCGAAUAACCCCACGGAAGAACCCGCUGAAAUCCUCACCAUUUUCGGGGGCUUAACCGGGGGAGGGGAUUCAAACAGAGCCCAAAAAACCUUCUCUCGGAAGUUCGAUCUCGAACACUAUGUCUAUUUGACCGAGCGACCUGGCAAGGAGCUCUAG